UAAGAUAUAUCAAGAAGAAAGAAGAAAGAAAGAAAAACAGAAGGAAAGGAAGAAGCUGGAACCUUCCUUGUUUCUCUAAAUUGGUCUAAAGAAUGUUUUUCAAUUUCGAAUUUUCAAGAACCAUGUCCCGCACCUCCUAAACUUUCUCUCUCUCCCUCUCUAUAAGUUUCAUCCCAUCCCAUCCCAUGCUAAAUAAAUACAUCGCUAACCAGUCCAAACCGGGAUAAGCAGACAGCGGCAUUAGAACACGAUCACUAGUAUUCACCGGCAUCGAUCUUUCUUCAUCAUUAAACCAAUAACCCACUCCUGCGAACAAACCAUAUAAGAGAAAUGAGGCAACUCCGCUCUCUUGUUUUAACCUUGAGCUUUCUCCUUGUUUUUCUUUCAGCUGGGUCAUCCAAUGCGUCCUUGCUGCCAUUCGUUGAUCGCCGCCCAGAAAGUUUGCUGGUUGAUCUCUGGUCGGAGCGCUUUCCAGACCCGUUCCGAGUGCUAGAACAGAUCCCAUUUGAACUUGACAAAGAAGACGGCGUGGCACUCUCUCCAGCAAGGGUGGACUGGAAAGAAACGCCAGAGGGUCAUGUUAUAAUGUUAGAUGUGCCGGGAUUAAAGAAGGAAGAGCUGAAAAUCGAGGUGGAGGCGAACCGAGUUCUGAGAGUGAGUGGAGAGAGGAAGAGGGAAGAAGAGAAGAAAGGGGAUCAUUGGCACAGAGUUGAGAGGUCUUACGGAAAAUUUUGGAGGCAGUUCAGGCUGCCAGAGAACGUGGAUUUGGACUCUGUCAACGCCAAGUUGGAGAAUGGGGUUCUCACUUUGACACUGGCCAAGUUAUCCCCUGAUAAGAUCAAAGGCCCUAAGGUGAUUAGCAUCGCUAGCACUGGAGGACAUGAGGACGAACCUGCCCAGCUCAAGGCUAGUGAGGUCAAGCAAGAGCUUUAAAUAAUUCACUGUUAUGCAACUUUGUGGGAUGAGUGAGUCCAAAAAACAAAAAAAACUUUAUGGGAUGAGUAAAAUGAUGAUUUCGUAUCACUCUGCUUGCAACUUGCUAUUAUAAAAUAAAGUUUGUAACUGUUUCUGUUUUUUUCCCUUGAGAUGUUUUAAGUUAAUAAAACUCCCUCGUCCUGUAAAUUUGCAUGAAAACCACAUGCACCGGUAAAACUCACUCAAUUAUCUUGAUCCAAUGUAUCCAUGGUGGGAAAUAUGCCCACAUUUCUUAAGUUUUCCUCGUUGGAUAUAAUCAUAUAACAUAGGGAUCGUCAAUUUCAUGCCAUGAUCAUACAACACUUGUAUGUGAACUUAAUGUAUGUGUUUUAAGUCAAAAGAGACCAGGAGCAAAAUAAAAACAAAAAUUACAGAUAAAUCGAAUAAGUCGCAACUCAGGAACCAUCAUUAAAUAAAUGGACACAAAUAUAUUAGUAGGGUGAAAGAAAGGAGCUUUUGUCAAACCUGUCGAGUGCAUCUAGGAAUUGUACCUGUCUGCAAUAUAAAGCCAUGCCCACUUUAG